CUCGGAAAUCUCCGCGGCGCCUCACUGUCACAUUUUUAGAGGAGCCUGGGGACAAUUUCACAAGGAUGCUAACUUUCUGCGGCUGGCACACGGCAUACGCCCCGAGGGGAAGAGAAGACACCCCGAGACAAAGCCGGGGCUGAUUCCCGCACGGCGCGGGCAGCGGGCGGGCAGGGGAUGCGCAGCUGGCAGGGCAGGGACAGCGGGAAGCGGGCUGGGGAAGGGGCAGGGGAUGCGGAAAGCGGGCAGGGACAGCCGGCUGGGGCAGCGGCCGGCUCUGCCUCCCCGCUCGGCCCGGCGCCGGUCCCGACCCGCGCACGGACAUGACUAAGCAGGACCUCGCCCGGCGCGGCCGCUCCGCUCCCCGGCCCGCCCCGCACCCGCGCACGGCGGGGAACUCACCUGCCCGCCCCGGCCCCGCCAGCCCGCCGCUCCUCCGCAGGGGCCGCCGCUCCUCCGCCCCGCUCCGGCCGCUCCGCCGCCGCCAGCGCCGCCCCGCUCCGCUCCCGCUGCUCCAGCCCCGCUCCAACCCCGCUCCAGCCGCGCACCCCCCGCGCCCGCGGAGCCGCCGCCUCCCGCCGCCGGGGCGGGCCGGGGGCUGCCGUCAGCUGCGACUGACGCAGGGCUGUUCCUGCCGGGGAUGAAGCCCCCGGCGCCGAGCAGCCGGGAGCCCCCGCGCCCGGCGACACUCGGGGCGGCCGGGGACCCCCCGCGCCCGCGGUAGGGCGGCGCUUCCCCCCCCCCUCCCCCCAAUUCCCAGCGCGCUCCCGCCGCCACCGCGCCCGGAGGAGCCCGGAGCAGCCCGGCAUGGAACGCCCGCUCAACCUCAGCUGCUUCGCAGAUGCGACGCCGGACACGGGCAACAGGAGCGGGUCCCCUGCCGGCCCCGAGAGCGGCCAGGCCCAUCUCUCCGUCUUCAGCGUGUUGGUCCUCACCCUGUUGGCCAUGCUGGUGGUGGCCACGUUCCUCUGGAACGGGCUGGUCCUGGCCACCAUCCUCCGCGUGCGCAGUUUCCACCGGGUGCCCCACAACCUGGUGGCCUCCAUGGCCAUCUCCGACGUGAUGGUGGCAGCGCUCGUCAUGCCCCUCAGCCUGGUGCACGAGUUGUCUGGGCGGCGGUGGCGACUGGGCCGGUCACUCUGCCAGGUGUGGAUCUCCUUCGAUGUGCUGUGCUGCACCGCCAGCAUUUGGAAUGUCACGGCCAUCGCACUCGACCGCUACUGGUCCAUCACCCGCCACCUGGAGUACACGCUCCAGACCCGGCGCCGCAUCUCCAACAUCAUGAUUGCCCUCACCUGGGCACUCUCUGCCUUCAUCUCUUUGGCCCCGCUGCUCUUUGGCUGGGGAGAGACUUAUUCAGAGGACAGUGAAGAGUGCCAAGUCAGCCAGGAACCUUCCUACACCAUCUUCUCCACCUUUGGGGCCUUCUACCUACCCCUGUGUGUGGUGCUCUUUGUGUACUGGAAGAUCUACAAGGCUGCCAAGUUUCGAAUUGGAUCUCGGAAGAGUAACUCCAUCACCCCCAUUACACCAGAAGCCCUGGAGGUAAAAGAAGCUGCCCAGCAGCCGCAGAUGGUCUUCACUGUCCGUCAUGCCACUGUUACGUUCCAGACGGACGGAGACACGUGGAGAGAGCAGAAGGAAAAGAAAGCUGCCCUCAUGGUGGGCAUCCUUAUCGGGGUCUUCGUGCUCUGCUGGAUCCCCUUCUUCAUCACAGAGCUCAUCAACCCACUCUGCUCGUGUGACAUCCCACCCAUUUGGAAGAGCAUUUUUCUAUGGCUGGGCUAUUCAAAUUCCUUUUUUAAUCCACUCAUCUACACUGCUUUCAAUAAAAACUACAACAAUGCCUUCAGGAACCUAUUCUUUAGACAGUAGAGAUCCAAAAAAGCUUUCCUGCUGCCCCAGGAAGCUGAUUUCAAAUGUUGAUGAUUACUGACAAAUUUCUGAGGAAGUUCAAAGCCACAGAUACUGAGGUGAUGCUAAAAAUGCAUCCCCAAGGGUUGUACGUCCCAAUAACAGUCCCAUUUUCUAGUCAGGCCCUCCAUCCCAGACUCUAAGUUAGUUGCUAUUUCUCCUGCAAGCAGCAUGUAAGGGUUUUUCCGUCCAGCAGCAUGGCAUCCUUGCUCCAGUGCCCCGCUCUGUUCCUCCCACCUCCCCAGUGCCACUCUUGUUUGGUGGCAGCAGUGGUGCAGAGGAAUCCACUGGCAAAGAGUCAGAUCUGAAAUGUUGUUUUGGCCACUGCUGGUCACUCACAGCAUUAAUCAACUUAGCCCCAUGUGCAAAGAUAGGACCCUUUAAUGUCAGGAGGUUUUGUGAUUACAUAUGAAGCUACAUUUUUUAUGACUUGGCUGAAAACGUGGUUCAUGUUGUCUUUCACCCAUAAAGACUGCUAAGUGUUUGUAUUUGGGGAAUAAAACCCUUGGUAAGGGUUAAGGGUACCAAGCUUCUUCUCACAUACUUUAUGAACAACAAAUUGUGCUAUUUGUUGUUGGAUUCUAUGUAGCAAGUUUUUUUAAAAAAAUACUUAUUGUGAAAUCUUAAUGCAUGGUGUACUCUGGGAUGAGAGAGAAUGCAUGGGAAACUCACCUCUCGUUCCCCAACUGCUGUGUGUAAGCAUCUGUCUCAGACCUUUAUGUUCAGAAAUACCAGCUGUAAAUGUUAAUCCUUGUGUCCGUGUUUCCCAUUCUAAAUGAUAAAUGUAUUUUGAGCAGCUGUGGGCAGGUUUCCUGUAGUUUCAGGGUAUGCAGGUAGUGUAUUUCGAGUUGCCUGUCAAUGAGGAACUAGGAACUAUGUUUUACUAUUUCUGACUGCAUUCCAGGUCUUCUUGAAACCAAAGCAAAGACUUUGUUUCUGUGAGCACUGGGUUGCAGGCAAAGGGCAGUUAAUGACUGAUGAUGUUUCUUUCUGGAAGCAUAACCAAACCAUGGGGGUUCUCUUCUGCAAGGACCAAACUUGAAUAUUGUUUUGCCCACCUGUCCUUCUCUUCCUGCCUCCUCCCAAGGCUCCAUCCCGCACAGUUGUUUUUGCUCUGUUGCCUUCCCGCCUUUCCACAUUGCCAACAUAAUUACAGUAGUUGGCAUUUCAGUCCUAGAAUUAGAGUUGCACACUUUACACUGCACCACUGGAAGACUGACAGGCCUGCAGAUAGAGGAAAGCAUUAGUUUUAACUAUGGGUUCUUAUGGAACAGCCACUGAAAUCAGACCCAAAUUGAAAUGGUGGAGAAAAAGAGAAGAUGGAAAUAGAACGGCAUGAUUUCAUGUCAGAUAUCUCAAGAAGAAGAGAUAAAAGGGAAAAAUGUCAAUAAAUCAUGGGAAAGCUCCCUGGGGUUGAUAGUAUUAGCUUCUAUCUUUAGCAGACCGUGAGACAUCAAAUGUUAAAAUUGUCACUGGUCCUUUAAACCAGCAAAAAAUCCUGGCACAGUUGGGGAUAAAAGCCCUUUUUCUUUUCCUGUCUCAGGGCAGGUGAAAAUGGAAGCAGAGCUCAAAGUGCUAUUAAGUGUUGCAGCUCUUUCAGGACCACUUAGACAAACAUCCAUCAGCACUGACAUGGAUGUAGCUGAUCCUGCCUUGUGGCAAGAAGAGAAGAUGGCCCUUGAGGUCUUUUUCAACACUAUUUUAUAAGAGUCUGUUAGAAAUAUUAGGUAAAACCCUGCCCUCAUUGAAAGCAGUGGACAAAUUUUUGUUGAUUUCAAGAGAAUCAGAGUUUUAUCUAGCGUGUCUUGUCUUGUAAAAGCAUAGUUUUAAUGUUGAUUAAUUCAAAGAGAAGAUGGGUUGGAUGGGAGUAAUCUUCUGACUCCCCUGAAAGGGACUCUGACCUGCACUAACCAUGGGCCAAUCUCUCUACAGCUAGUAAAGAGCAUUUUCUUUCUUUCCAACAUAUUUUAAAUUAUUAUUAGUGACAAUUCUGAUGUAUCAAAAAGUCUAAUAAACUCUUGAGCUGCCUUUUUUUUACCAAGGAUAUAAAAAGUGUGCUGCUUUCUCUGGACAGUCCAUCCCCAAUACUGAGUUGUUCUUUUGGGGAAUUACUACUUUUGUUGUGCCAAGGGUGGUUUAGCCACAAAUUAUUUGGAAAAAAUGCUUCCUUGUCCAAGCCAGAAUUUCAGCUAAGCUUGGUGGUGCCUAAAAGUAGGAGACUACUUCUUAGGCCACCACAGUGACACUUUAAGCUCUUCAAAGCAUGGAUUACCUGGGACCUUAGUUGCUGGGUGGAAACUCCCUUUCAUUACGCCCCGGGUUUAUUCAUGCUGUGCUUAAACAGUGACAGGGAGACAGGAGACAGUUUUAAAAUGGCACUAGAUAAUUCUAAUCUGUCUGUAGUCAUGGGUAGUCCACCAUCCUGAUGUAAAUUAAAUUCGCUUUUAUUUGACAGCCCAGAUCCCAUCGAUCUUAUAUCUAUCUAUAAUCUGUCUUCUGGAAAAAACAGCUUUCAGUUGGUUGUAAGUUUGUUCUUUUGAAUCUCAGCAUAAUUAACAGCUUUGUUAUGGGCCAGUUCCUACAGGCUGUAGACCUAAGACCAUGAGCUUUCCUUCUAAAUACCAUUCCAUGUGACCAUGUGGGGAAACUAUCAGUAUUCUGGAGAUUGCACUACAGGAUUACACUGAAACGUGCCACGAUGGUCUGAGCACACUGAAGGGGCACAAAGAAACCUUGACAUCUGAUCCUGGCUCCUAGGCAUUUUACAAACCUCUCAUUAUUCAAACACAGAUGCUGAGUGGGGUCUCAGAGACCCAAAUCUUGUUUGAAGACAUAUGCAACCACUGCUUCAAAGGAGGCAUCUUGUACCUUCUUGUUCCCAUUUAUACACAGAAUCAGUGGUGUGAAGAGAUCUGCCUCACUGAGGCUUUGUGAGGAUUAAUUACUAAAUGUUUAUCAUGUACAAGGAAGGUGGAACACUCUGGUUUGAAUGCCGAGCAGCAUUAUAAAUUGAGCUUCUAUUUAAUUCCUCCGAAGAACAUUAUUAACCAUUAUUAUUGAGUUUUGUAUGAGAUUUAAUGGCUAUAUAAUACUUCCAGAAUAGAUUUAACUAACCUGCUCCCACUUACAAUUAAUUUAUUUUCCUCUUGGUGCUCUGACAGUUCAAUGAACAUCUGUAUGGGAGCUCAAUAGUGAGGGCAGCGUGUGCUGAAUGCUGGCUGCUGAGCGUCUCCUCGCGAUGCUGAAUGCAUAUUGUCAAGGUUCAAGGAGCAGCAGCUCUCCAGGCAGUCUGCUCCGUGUUUCUUUUGAUUUUUAGGAAGGAGAAGAAAAGGUCAUUGAAGAAUGCCCGUGGAUUACAUGACAGGUUGGCUAACCACCUUCCUCAUCCACCUCCGGCCCAUUGACCUUUCUUCUCGAUGCAGGCAGGUCAGGCAGGCGACUCCAGGACACGUACUGGUCCUGGCAGACAGAGGUGAGCCACGCAUGACUUCAUCCCCUGGUACUUUUCCUGGACUUUUCCUAAAGCUUACUGCUAGGAGAGGUGCCCUUUUAAACUGUCAGCGGCAGCUGAAAGUGGGAGUUUCCUGGAAGUGAAGUUGCAGGUAAUUUAAGAAAUUUCACCUGACAAAGGUAAUUAAUGACUGUUUGUUCCAGCCGUUGCUGCGUGAGGUGCGACUGACAGAACGUCAAACUGAUUUUUGCAAUGCAGUGAUUUGAGCUGCUUUGUUCUUGAGGGGUUCACCACGUUUUACUCUCGGAUCCCUUAUUUUACCUUUAUUGGUACAGCAUCCCCCUGGGACACCGGCAAAUUCAUGGUGAACAUGGAGCAUCAUUAAUGCUCCGUGUAAGGACAGUGGGGUGAAACAUCCACAGCAAAAUUUGCAUCCCCACUGUGAUACACCCUGACUGAACACCACAACACUGUAAGCAUAUGCAUCAAAUUUAAGACGUGGCCAAAGAGCUCUUUAAAUCACCAUUAUUUUCAGUUACAUAGAGGUGCUGAGGAAGUUGCAGAAGGCUGGGAGAGAGCUGAAGCUGUGCCAGUAUUUUGAAAAGGCAAAUUUGGAGAGUCAAGUAUUUCUAAUGCUAAUACUGUUACUGAUUUACAGCUUGAAAUUGAUCCCUGGCAAAAAUGUGGAAGAGCUGAGAAAGGACUCAAUGAAUAAAAAAUUACGGGAAAUAAAUAUAAUUAAAAUAA